UGAAGGCUAGCACAACCCAGUGGAGGUAGUGGGUAGAAGGAGAGAUACCGUAGGUCUCUCCUUCCCAGUACUGUGUCUAGUAGACCACACUCAUCCAUUCAUUCACUCUUUACAAUAAGCAACUCGCUCAGGGCAACAUUUAUACAUUAAAACUUGUGUGAAGUUCAGCCAACAAUUAGUCCACUGUUUACCAACGUUUUCUUACGUUCAUUGUUUGUUUGAUUGUUUACUUAUUGGUAUGUCUCGCUCUGCGAUGUGUCUUUGUGUUUGAUUCUGCUGUCUUACUAUCAUCCUUGCUGCUGUGUCACUGUAAAUUUCUCCACCGUGGGACUAAUAAAGGAUUAUCUUAUUUUAUCUUAUCUUCCAGUAAUAACAACAAGUCCGUUGUUGGGCCUAAACAUAGAGAAACCCAAUUAAAAGUAUGACCUCCAUAUAGCCGACAGGCUAAUAUUGCAGACGUGAUUAACUUGUCCUGAGUCACAGGAAUAAAAGUGCGAAAAAUUAAAUUGUAAAGUAUUGUGCACUAUCAAAGAUAAAGGUUUUUUUAAUACAUUAUUUGCAAUAUCUUGGUCCCUUGAAUCUUGCCGCUGACAAAUAAAAUCAUUCAGCCAUCCGUUUAACUCAACAUUUCUUGUCCAGGUUUUUGUCAAAUGAAUCUGGGAAGAUUUUGAAGUAGGGUGGAGUUGUGUGUAGCUUUAUAUAUCCCCUCAGGCGACAGGAAUUACAGAGACUGACCAGUCUGACAACCGCAUAUAAAACGAUUAUUCUCCAGCCCCUUAAAAGCACCUUUUGAGACAGUUAAUUGAUUUGGUUAACUAUUUGUCACGUGUCUUUUGUGAGCGGAACGAACGUGUCCAAUCAGCACUAGAGACAAAGUUGUUGACAGGAGCAGUUGAACGCUGAUUGGCUAAAGCUCAAAACACUCAACGUCCGCUUCCCGGAAGCUGACAGUCAUCUGAUUUUUCUUUUUUUUUCAGUGUUUCCUUGUUAGCCAGCGUCACUACUAGCCAACAAAACAAUCGUCCGGAUUUCUUUUUCUCUUCUGUCUCGUCUUGUUCUCUGUUUCUUUUCUCUCUCCAGAAGUUAGAAUAAUUCCUCGUCCACCUUCAAAAUCAUGGACGAGACGAGUCCGCUUGUCUCUCCGCUCAGGGACUCCGGUGAUUUCAGCUACUGUCCCACAGAGCCCACCAGCCCCCGAGGCGCAUUUGGGAGCACACCGGGCUCGGUAGUGCGCAUCCCGGCCGGGAGCCCGGGGCGCAGCAGGGAGAGACAGCCGCUUCUAGACCGAGGGAGUUCGCCCCGGGAGCCCCACAGGAACGAGUUCCCGGAGGAUCCCGAGUUCAGAGAGAUCAUCCGAAAGGCCGAGCGAGCCAUAGAGGAGGGGAUCUACCCGGAGAGGAUCUACCAAGGAUCCAGUGGAAGCUACUUUGUCAAAGACUCGCAGGGGAAAAUCAUUGGCGUGUUCAAACCUAAGAAUGAAGAGCCCUAUGGCCAGCUAAACCCCAAGUGGACCAAGUGGCUCCAGAAACUGUGUUGUCCCUGUUGCUUUGGCCGCGACUGUUUGGUCCUGAACCAGGGUUACCUCUCGGAGGCCGGGGCUAGCCUGGUUGAUCAGAAGCUGGAGCUCAACAUCGUUCCCAGGACCAAGGUGGUGUACCUGGCGAGUGAAACAUUCAACUACAGUGCCAUAGACAGGGUGAAGUCUCGAGGAAAGAGAUUAGCCCUGGAGAAGGUGCCCAAAGUCGGCCAGCGCUUCCACAGGAUUGGGCUGCCACCAAAGGUUGGUUCCUUCCAGCUCUUUGUUGAUGGGUACAAGGAUGCAGAUUUCUGGCUGCGGAAGUUUGAAGCGGAGCCGUUGCCCGAAAACACCAACCGUCAACUCCAGCUGCAGUUUGAGCGGCUUGUAGUCCUUGAUUACAUCAUCAGGAACACAGACAGGGGAAAUGACAACUGGUUGCUGAAGUAUGAUUGUCCCAUGGACCCUGUUGGGAAUAGGGACACGGACUGGGUGGUAGUAAAGGAUCCCAUCAUCAAAUUGGCAGCUAUAGACAACGGCCUUGCGUUCCCCCUCAAACACCCUGACUCUUGGAGAGCCUACCCCUUCUACUGGGCGUGGCUUUCCCAGGCCAAGGUUCCUUUCUCACAGGAAAUCAGAGAACUGGUCCUGCCCAAACUCUCUGACCCAAAUUUCAUCAAAGACCUAGAAGAGGACUUGUAUGAAUUAUUCAAGAAAGACCCUGGUUUCGACAGAGGACAGUUUCACAAACAAGUAGCCGUCAUGAGGGGGCAGAUCCUGAACCUGUGCCAAGCCCUGAAGGAUGGUAAAACACCCCUGCAGUUGGUCCAGAUGCCCCCAGUAAUCGUUGAAACAGCCAGAGCACCUCAGCGAGCCAACAGUGAGUCGUACACACAGAGUUUCCAGAGCAGAAGACCCUUCUUUACCUGGUGGUAGGAAUGACUCGGUGAAGAGGAAGAGGAAGAACAGCAGGAAGCCAGAGCGACGAAGGAGGGGAGCAGUGUCCGUGUGCAGAUGUAAGACAGAACAGGAUCUGAAAGCAGCAGUUUCUGUCCUGGAAAUGGAAAUAAUCAUCACCCUCCUCUCCUCUCCUCUCCUUAUGGAUAUUUUAGUUAAAAAAAGAUGUGAGUGAGUGGGUGGAGAGGUGAGGCCAAAAGAGGAAGAAUUUCAUGACAUAGCUUCCCUGUCAGCCUCAGUGCCUUGUGUGGAUGUCAAUGAAGAAUUAACACCUAAAUGAUGAAGAUUCUGUACCUUCCUGUGAGAGAGAAACAUUUUUAGUGAGAUGUUAAACUGCGUGCAGGCAGUAUUUGAUCACACGUGUGUGCCGGUCAAAAGCCUCUCAUGAAUGGGAGAUGUUGCAUUCCAUGUUUUUUUUUUUUUGUCAUACCUCUCUGCCUUUUAAUAUUCUCGUGCAUAUUCCCUCCCUUGCAGUUAAAAACCCUGGGCUGGUGAAAGCAGUGAUGCCUCAUGUGCAAAAUGAGCAUAUUAUUUUUCAACAAAUAAGAGAAGUGUUCAUUGUGGUUAAGUCUUUAAGAUUUAGGAACUGGCCAUUCAGUGGUGUGUAUGUCUUAACACAAUGAACACAAGUCAUGUGAACUGGUUUCACAGUUACUCACUGCCCCUCCGAACCGUUUAGAUUAGGAUCUGUAAGUCAUCGGGGAGGACACUUCUGGUUAAAGAAAGAAACUCUUUGUUGAGCUUAUGAUUGGAUCACCUAAUUUUUCUUCUUUGACCGAUGAGUUAAAUUACUGGUAAAGAAGACAAAAUUAUCCCAUCAAGCAGACAUUGGGGAUCCAUUAUUCACACGAGCCCCUGCUUGUGUCAACCAUACUGAUUUCUGUUUUCUGAAUUGUGGGGUGGACCUAAGUAAACAACAAAGUAACUUCCUGCUGUACUGAACUGACAUGAAAUGUAUUGUGACAAUGCACUGUAUAAUUUGUAUGUAAUAUUUAAUGAUAGAUUAUAAUUAAAACAUAUUACAUUAAUA